AUGAUAAGCCUUUGGUAUCCGAUCAAAUUUCUCAAGAGGUCAAUAGUAAUGAGGGGGGUAAUGAACCAUUGGAGGAUGAAUGGCACGCUCCUGCAGGUUUUAGCCUAGAUUCUGAUAAUUCUACUUUAAAAAAAAAACGCAUGAGUUAUGAGGAGUUAGAAAAAUCACUAUAUGAGAAAUGA